CUGGUUUGGUCACAUGGUCUUCCAAAAUGGCCGCGCCCUGCAGCCACGGAGUGUAGCCGCGGAGACAGGUCUCCAAGCAGGUUUUAAUGACAGUUGAGGAGCUGCAGGUCGCUAUUGACAUCUCGACACAGAGACAGAGGAGCGUCUGAGGAAGCCUGACAUCCCUUCAGCCCCGCCGACAUGAGCAAGGACGGUUUAAUCCUCCCCAAGGACUUCCCCCAACUCCUGAAUGACACAUUUCUGCGAGCAGCACGAGGAGAAGAAACUGAACAUGUACCUGUGUGGUGUAUGAGACAGGCUGGAAGAUACCUACCAGAGUUCCGUGAGUCCAGAGCAGGGAGGGACUUCUUUGAGACGUGUCGGUCACCAGAGGCCUGCUGUGAGCUCACUCUGCAGCCUCUGAGGCGCUUUCCCUUCGAUGCAGCCAUCAUCUUCUCUGACAUCCUGGUUAUCCCACAGGCCUUGGGUAUGGAUGUCCAGAUGGUGCCAGGUAAAGGUCCUACAUUCCCGGAGCCCCUGAAGGAGCCAGAGGACCUGCAGCGUCUGCAGGCCAAAGUGGACGUGGACAAAGAGCUGGGCUAUGUCUUCAGAGCUAUCACGCUGACCAGACACAAGAUAGAGGGCAAAGUGCCGCUCAUCGGAUUUACUGGCGCUCCGUGGACGCUAAUGUCCUACAUGAUAGAAGGCGGAGGCUCCAACACCCACUCUAAGGCGAAGCGUUGGCUGUACCGGCACCCUGAGGCCAGCCACAUGCUGCUAAAGAUGCUGACAGAUGUGAUAGUGGAGUAUCUGCUGGGGCAGGUGGCAGCUGGAGCUCAGGCUCUGCAGGUCUUCGAGUCUCAUGCUGGUAUUCUGGGGCCGGUGGAGUUUAAAGAGUUUUCUCUGCCCUACUUGCGAGACAUCGCUCGACGUGUCAAAGAUAAACUCAAGGAGGCAGGACAGGAUGUCCCCAUGAUUGUGUUUGCAAAGGAUGCUCACUACGGCUUGGAGGAUCUGUCUCAGUCUUACUAUGAGGUGGUCGGACUUGACUGGACCAUUGACCCACGAUCAGCACGGGAGCGCACAGGAGGGAAGGUCAGCCUGCAGGGAAACAUGGAUCCAUGUGCUCUCUACUCUCCAAAGGAGCGCAUUUCAGACAUUGUGAAGAAGAUGGUGGAGGGUUUUGGCACCAGGGGCUACAUCGCCAACUUGGGUCAUGGCCUUUACCCCGACAUGGACCCGGAGAAUGUGGGCGCCUUCGUCGAAGCCGUGCACGAACACUCUAAACAGAUGAACAAACAGCCGUAAAGAGGGAUGUGUCUGUGUGUAAGCCAAAAAUGCUUAUGAUUGUGAUUGAAAACAUGUACAAUAAUGCAUUAUUUUAUUAAAAACUGAAAUGGCAUAAGGCAAAAAAUGUCCAGAUUCCCAUUUGCCAUUCCAACAGAUUUUUUAUAAGGGAAAAAAAAACAAAAACAACACUGAUGCAAUAUUAAAAUAUUGCAUAAAAAAAAAUCCAAAUCUUGAUGUACAUUUACAUGAAUUCAUGAAUUCACCACAUUCUCAUCUGGUGUAGGUCAAUAAUGCGUUGAUCUGACUGGAUUAAGUGUUUCCACUGGAGAAAAAAUUACAUCAUUUAUCAAGUACAUGUACAUUUCAAAUGCAUUUUCAGUUGUGUGGGAUUUGUAUUAAGAUUUGAUCUAUUCAGAAAUGCUUUAAAUGGCUUUGACAUCUAGAUGAAAAAGAUUGUUUUGUCAUCCAAUCAAACUCACCACAAUGUUUUCUCUAGCUCACACAAAUACAAAUGGAUGAAUACAAACCGUUCUAACCUCUCAAUGGCUUAAAACAUCUUCAAUCAGAAGUGAGUUUGUCAUCAGCACAAGGAGCUUGUUUGUCAAAAUGAAAAGCUGGUGAUGAUGUGAAAGAGUUUCGGCAAGAGACACACUGCUGCAGUUAUAAAAAUCAAUUUUUAAAGCAAAAUGUCAGCACACAGCAGUUGAUCAUCCACCACCUUACAUCUUAACAAUGAGCAGAACCUCCCGCUGGAUCUCAGCGUGAGGAGUUUUAUUUUUACUCCUGCAGAUGGAAAAUCUUCUAAGAUGUGCUUGUUGUAAAAGGAGCUGCCUUAUGUUGUUUUUGUCUUUGUCUCUCUCCCUUAAUCUGGAAAAAGUGGCUUAUGAAGUGAAUCACAUUGUAACCAUGAAUGUGUGUAUCUGGGUACGUUUUUCUGUCCUGUUAAAUAAAGAUUGAUUUGAUUUGUAGUGAGA